AUGGCCCUCCCUGCCUAUUUAUACUGGUGGUUAAAUGGCUGUAUUUUCAUUCCCCCUUGCACCUCCACUGCCCUGAUCAACAUGCAAUAUCCAUCGCUGAUCUUCCAGCUGAAUUCGGUCCCGACCAACGUCUCCCUUUGGGAUGCCGCAAACAUAUUCAAAUAUGCGACUUCGCGGUUUACUGCGAUCCGCAUCUGGUCUGGGAAGCCGAGGCAUACUUCGCAGAGAUUUGUAUUCCCCUAUAUCAACAUAUGUGCCACUAGCAACACUUCCCCGGCCUUGCUGGAAUAUCUCAACGAGGUCGUGAUGAUGCUCACCCACUGGCAGGUGGGAAUCAUGGAUGACGAUGGCCUCUUCCAGUUGUUCCACACCCACCAAUUCAACAUGGCAGGCGACCUAAUGGUCGCUACUGGAUCAUCUCCGACUAUGCCCACAGUUGGUGGAAUGACCGGUUCGACGUCCCUGGCCGCAUAUUUGCUGCUGCCGGAGAUGCGCAGGCAUGAUGUCGGUCCGGACCCCCUGUUGACCAAUCUCCGGGUCAUCAAAGACAAUCUCGGAGAUCUCGGUGCUCAGCUCAAGCAAUGGCUCUCCAGGAAGAUGGAAGAUGCAAAUGUUGCCUUGGAGGUCAUGACCGCCCUCGAGGGUCCGGUAGACGACCUCCAUGAUGCCAUCGCGGCAUCACAGCAGUUGUUAGACGGGACCCAGGCGAUGCAGGAGCUGGGUGAAUAUCAGUGA